AUGUAACCGCUGUGCGGACUUCACGUCUCCAAACCGUCUUCAGCCGCAAUUUGAAGGAUCAAAAAUGUCCAGCUCGAAGGAGUCCAGCACUUGUCCCGACGGCUACAGGGCUCUGAGCACCAGUGAGCUGAGGGAGCUUUUACAGGACGACGACAAAAUGGACCAGAUCAUUCGCCUCAAUGAGACGUUUCAGGAGCUUCAAGUGGAGAGGGAGACGCUACUGGCCUCGAACCGGAGCUUGGCCGAGGAGAGCCUCGCCCGACGACCCUGCCUUAAUAACGGCAAACUCCAACUGGCGGAGAAAUACCGGCAACUGUCCAACCUGGCAACCACAUCCUGUGAAAAACAGAGUCAGCUUGAGGCUCAUGUCCAGAAGCACGGCCUGCAGAUGAUGCAGAACCUCCUGCAGGAAGAGGUGGCGCGUGCCGAGGAGCAUUCAGAGGAGCUGCUGGAGAAGUUCAUGGAGGGGAACGUAAGCCUGGAUGAGUUCUUGGACUCCUUCCAAAGCUCCAGGAAGACGUAUCAUGUCCGCCGGGCGCAAGCAGAGAAGAUGCAGGAGAUCGCUGCCAAGCGGCAGCCGGGCAAAACCAAGAGAGCGGAGGAGAGUAAAGUCCCGGAGGUGAAGAAGGACUCGGAGCUGCCUCAGGAGCCUCAGCGGCCCAACGGCUUCGUAGCCCAAGGACCUUUGAGAGUGUUCCAGGUACGCUACGGCCUCACGCCGGCCAUCCUCGUCCCUCAUUACCCCGUUUCUCCUCCUGCCUCCGCCCCAAGCCAUCAAAGUAGUACUCCCCCGCCAGAGCCCCAGCUGGGACAGACCCACAUCCUCAGCCCCAGCGCCCCUCUUUCAGGACACGGCCAGCCGGUCGGCCUCAGAGUCAUUGGACAGCUAUCGGGGGGAUGGCCAGCUAAUGGGCGGCCGGUGAGAGUGCAGCAGCUUUACAGGCCGAACCCUCAACCCGAGCCGCCGUACCGAUAAGCUGGAGGAGGGUGGGGGUGUGAGAAGGAGGAGGAUGAAGAAAAGCCGGUUUUAGAGGUCUUCCAAGACAUGGAACCAAACAGUGGCUGUCAAUCAUGUAAGCAAAGACUGAUCCAGAGGCAGGCAGCGCUGCAGACGUCCGUUUCUGUUCUCCAUCCAUGACGCACAAAUUUAACCAUCAGAGGAAAACGAGCAGAGCAGAGGUAGACGACAGAGACAGGGAGGUCAGGGGAUGGGUUUCGAUAGCCGGUUCCAUUCUGGAUGCAUUGAAAUACUCGCAUCCCUGAAGCUCCGACGCAAACGGGUCUCACAUCAAACCUUUUAUCUCGCGUUGAUCUUUUUCAUUAAAGAACAAUGGAAAAUGUAUAGAGAGAAGGAAGUUUGAGACCACAAAUCAGCUUAUCAUUUAUUAAACAUCAUCGUAAUUUUAAAAAAUUAAUUCACAAAGAGACACCACAUUUUGCAAUUAAAAUUUUAUUUAGCCAGUUUAGGUCAGACUUUAGUCUAAGAAAAAAGAUAAUAAUCACAAGCCGUUCACAGCUUCUUUUUUUAAAAUCAGAUUUGUCUGUAGGCGUCAGCUUCAGUAUUUGGAGUGGUGAAGUGAUUUAACAUCUUUGAGUUGUAGUUAUUUUAUUCUUUACUCACGAGAUGAGAUUCGAUAAGAGAUUCAGAAGGAUUCAGGCUGUGGAUUUGAAUUCAGUAAAGUGCUAUCGAGCCCCAUCCCUAGAGACGACAUGAGUGUUUUCAUUGUUAUUUUUAAUUAUAUUUUUUUUAUACUUCACACUGAGGGUCUUAAUCGCAUCAACACAAAAAAAAGAGAGAGAAAAAAAGGAAAGGAUCUCAUUGUUCGUUCAUACAGCCGAGGACAGCGAGAGGCUUUGUGAGAUGCCAGGAGUCAUCAGGAUGAAUGAUGACAUGAAUAAAGUGGCGUUUGAUAUAAACUCUCGCUGUUUUCCAUCCGUCAGAUAAAGCACAGACAUUCAAACUUGGAGCCAUUCCCAAGGUGAUGAAUCCUGAUAUGAGAUCAUCGCAGAGCAAAGUUUAAACAAAGACGCACUGUGGAGCAGAGCAGGUGGUAUUUAUUAAUAAUUCCCGGACUAUAACCUGUCAAUAGCAUUUGCAGCGUCAUGUGUGUUAGCAUCACAGACGAUUAGCCCAAAGCCUUCUGCCUUCCUGUGCGAUUUCACGAACAGUGUUGCAGCUCGCACACCAGUGAGCAAUUUUAUUUAUUCAUGUAAAUCCUAUUUUAAAUGGCUGACUUCAAAGCUUCUUGUUUACCGUGCUAAAUGAAGAGCGCCUUCUCCUUUCAAGGCAGCCAGUGUUUUUUAUUUCUCCCCCAAACUGAGAUGACAGAGUGAGGGGAAUUUAAUCUCUAUGAGAAUGCCAACGCUCUGCAAGCCCACAGUCGAAUAUGAGGAGGUUCUUCUCAUUUCGCCCUCCUUUUUCCUCAUUAUCCAUCCUUCAGCAUUUAAAGGGAAAAGCUUUGGAUUGUAGUUCUAAUAGUUCUGCUCUUGAACAUACAUUUUUCUCAUUAAUAACUCAUAUAAGUGCAUGCUUACUACAGCUUGACAAAGUACAUGAAAAUGCCUUUUGCAGGCCAGUGCCCAGUCGCAUCUUAGGAAAAUAUUCUUAUGUGUUAGAUUUUUAUUGUAAAGAAAGAAUUGUUCUAACUUAACUUAUGUCAUUUUCUUAGGAAAUAUCUUAAAAUAAGUGAGAAUUGUAAAUGGAUUUCAAGGCUCUGAGGAUUUCCUUAAAAGUUUUUAUUUUCAUAGUUUUCCAUCAUUUCUGUCUAACAACACUCAGAAAAUAACCGGCUGAGAUUAGUGAAUGCAGCUACAUCGAAAAAUGAUUAAAAACGAUAAAAACGAUGGCCAAAACUCUGAUAAUAAAACCAGUUUAUUCCUUAAAUUCAAACUUCCUUUAACAGAAAAAUAGACAAAUACUUUUAAGGUACCUGUUCUUAUUAUUAAACAAGAUGUAAAAAAAAAAAUGUUUCGUAUCAGGUAUAAUCCAGUGGGGGCUUUAUUAUUUUCUGUUUGUUUGUUUUUCUUCAGACUGGAUGAUACUUCUGAGUCUUCUUUUAUCAAUAUCUUCUGUUUUUGGACUCUUUAGUCCGGUCUAGCCUUUUGAUUGUUUUUACUGUUUUGUAUGAAUAUAUUAAUUUAAUUUCAUGCCUUCAACCACAGAAUAUUGCCUACGUUCUCUUACUAAAUCAUUGAAGGACACUUUGUCUUUUUAAGGUGCACACUGUUAAUUUAACAGCAGGAAAAAGUUUUGAGAUUUGAGAAAUCACUCAAUAUUUUAACUCACAAAUCUGUUUGAGAUUUUCUUGCAAGUCUCUGAAAGGAAUUGGUCUACAUUAUGGGAAAUAUGCUUAUUUGCUUUCUCCCCCAGAGUUCGGUGAAAAGAUUAAUCACACGUCUGUUCAAUAAAUAUGAAUUUAGAACCACACAGCAGCACCUCUAAGGCUCACUAAUUAACGCUUUAUAUUUUGUUUGUUAAAUCCAUACAAAACAACAAAGUGUAAAAAAGACGUGAUUUCACAGCACAGGAGUCCCUGCAGCUGCAGCUGAGGAUUAUUUUCUCCAUUGAUUAUGUGUUUGGUCUUUUAAAUGUCAGACGAUAGUGAAAAAUGUUGUCCAGCACGAUUUCUUCAGAUGUCUUGUUUUGUCCUUCCAACAGUCCAAACCCCAGAGACAUUCAGUUUAAUAUGAUAAAAAAAACAAACAAACAGAAAAGCAGGAAACCUUCAUAUUUGAGAAGCUGAAAUAAUGUUAUAAUUAAUGAGCCUUAGAGGUGCUGGGAGAUGGAUUUCGUCACCUUUGAACAGAGCCAGGCUGUUUCUACUUAUUUUAAGUCUUCAUGCUAAGCUAAGCUAACAGCUACAGGCUGUAGUUUCACUUUCAGAGUACAAACAUAAGGACAUAAACUUUUGCUGUAACUGGGCACUGGCUCCAACCAGACAUGCAGCUCUGUGUCCACUCAGGGUCUUUAGAAGAAAAAAUGCAGUGUCGGUUCUUAACCUGUAGCACAGAUGGACCCGGGGACCGCCCCCGACACACAUACACACACACACACCUUUACAGGUGCAUGCCAGAGAAACUCUAACCAUGAACAUGACGGUGACACCAAGUCGCCUUUUACAUUCCAUCGUUGCAUUGAGAUUUGACCGAAUGUUGUAGUAAUAAUAAAAAGGUUGUGAUACUGUCAUUGCUCACUUUAUUUUACUGGUUUUGUAUUUUUCAGCUAAUUUCCUAGAAACUUUUUUCAUCACUUCCUAAAAAUUACCUGGUAUUUAGCUGUAAUUUAAAAGGAUAUCACACAAACUAAUUAUGAAGGAAACGGGCAAAGGGUUAUUUGGUACAGUUAUCAGCUUAUGAAAUUAUGUUUUAUUAUUUGAUUUAUUAUUUUAUGUUUUUUAUAUACAUUCAAAAUUGAUACCAAACUUCAUAAAACUCCUUUGGUAAUUAUUAGUCCUUGUGAUUAAAGACAGUGUCUGUCAUUACUUUUAACCAUUCAGCAAAAAAGGCUUUGUCUGACUCCUCCAGUGGUGGAGAACAAGCCCAGAUUUCUGUGAGGGUUUACCUGGUGGCAGGUGAGUCCUGUCUCCUUAUAAGCACAGCUGGGCAGUGGUAUCUACAACUGCUCUUAAGUACUGAUGACCGCUUGUUUCCAAAAACGAGAAACAAAAGAACAAUCUCAUGUUAUAUAAAGAAAAGCACCUGCUUCCUUUCAACACCUACAGUAGUUAUUCGCAUCUGAUUCAGAUGAUCAGUCCCAUUUUUUAAGUUUAACAGCUGUGUAGUUUCUUUCGGAAAUUAUAUUUAGAAACAUAUUUCCGUCUAAUUUCCAUCGACUGGACCUGUGAAAUGAAAUGACUGUGUGACACAAGAAUUAAGAAUUGUUGUUGCUCAAAGGAAGCUAAAAUGGAUAUUAACGUCUGUUUGUGAACCAUUUUUCAGGACCAAAUUUCAUGGGCCUUUCUUGAAAACAUCCUUGAAAUUUAUGGCUAAAUACCAGCAAAGUUUUAUAAAAUCAUGAGGAAAGUUUCCAGUUGGAAAUAGUUGGAAAACAAAAGACCUGUAAAGUAAAGUGUUAUGUGAUUUUUUUGUAACAGUGCUGUCUGAAUCCACCUUAACCAAAAUUCAUUUUAUUCAGACCAGAUCAUUCAUGUAAGAUUGGACACUUACGUGUUUGAAAUAUCCUCAAAAUGUAAAGUGCUUGUUUCUGCGACUGUGAUUUUGUUUGUCCAGUCUGUUAUAAUGUGUGUCUCUUUUCUAUCAGGGACUUAUCCCAGCAGCCUUCUUAAGAAAAAAAAAAGAGAGCAGUAAUAAAACAGAUAAAUUAAUGUUGCUCUCAGAACUUAAAUUUAAAUAAAGUGCGGCCACUCGCUGAGCCAAACGCCUCAAACACUUCAGAUGAUUUGCAUCGCAGUAUCUCAGAUGAAGGAGCUGAGGCUGCAGGCGCUCGCACCAGAUGAUUAUGAGCGAUGUCAAAGCCGAUCAGCACUGCACUGAGCGAAGAUGAGCUAAUAAUAUCCAAGUCAACUCAUUUCUGUCUCUGUGCGGAGCCACAUCAGCACAUGUGCUCAGCAGCUACACUACAGUGUACAUGACUGGAUGCACGUGGCUGUCGAAGCCUUUCAGAAUAAAGAGAGUUGAAGGAGGGAAAUGUCGACGUGUAAGGAUUUCUGAUCUUUAACCUGAUUACACUCAGAGGGGAAAAAAUCAUUAGCUAAUUUGAUGCAGCGUUUGUUUGUUUUUUUGAGCGGGGGCCUCAUAUGUAAAUUGUUUGUGGGUUUACAACAAAAAAUCGAAUAAAAUGGUUGAAUUCCUCGUAUUAAAAGAUGUGCAUAUGAAAGAGCAUGACAGCCAGACACAGUAAGGCACAGUUGGUGGUUAAAAUGCUUCUCAUGCAUACUAACUAUCAUUAGUUCAUGUUAAAGGACAAAAGACUCUUGAGUCUUUGGGAAAAUCUCUGCUGUCUGUAGCAGGAUGUUUAGGAACAAAAGGUUAACGUGUUGUCUGUGUUUAAGUCUGCACAAAUCAGUGCUGUGACUCUGAAUAUAUGUUGAAAAAUAACUACAGAAAAUGAUCUAAAAACGCAGCUUUUAUAUUUUUCAGACACUUCAACCAAAAUGCCCCAGUGACGCUGUGGAGUCACAGUACUUUGUUAAAGAUGGGGAACGUUUCAGUCCAUGGACACAUGAUGGAUGGGCUGUACUUGUCAGCAGUAUACAGUAUAAUACAACUUCUUCUGUAUGGAUACACUCUGUCAACUCUGUCUAAACCACAUACUAAUUACUGGAAAUAAAUCCUUAUUUAUGUGCUGCACUGCUGUUUAAAAUGUGGGUAAUACAGUGCUUCACAAUAAGUUAAGUGGGUUAGAAAUACACAGGAGAAGUCAGAACUGAAUAGAGGCAACAACAUCUAAAACGUAAAUAAAAUAAAAAUAAAACUCAAAGUAAAUUACUGAUCAAUAGCAAACAAACAGUGGUUCCUAACAUGUGGGUCAGGACCCCAGAAGUGGUCACAGGAUUAAUUUAGGGCUCUUGAGAUAAUUCAGUUUUACAAAUCAAAGAUUGUUUACAGGUCUUAGGGAGCACUACUCCUCGACCACAUGUCACAUCUUUUGUAUUUAACUCAUGUGGAAACAGACAACAAGACACUGCCGUUUAACAAGCAAGCACCCCUUCAAUUUUACUGACCAUACAGCAGUGAGCUUAGCCUCAGAGCCUGCACACAGCUCUCCUGAAGCCCAGACCUCAGAGGCUCAGUUAUGAGAGGUGGUUCCCGAAUGUGCGAGUACCUGUGGUUAACUUUUGCCACAUCAGCGAGCCAAGAACGGCCACUAAAUUUGAAUAAGACAGUAAGAAAGAGGGGAAGAAAUCAAUCCCAUCACUUGAGAACCUGCCCAUUAAUUCCUUUUCUUCUUCGUAAGGCAAACUAUAAAAGUAAAGCUAAAGGCUGAAUAUCGCAUUAGUUAAGAUUUACAGAGGCAAUAACUGUUCGCCAGGGAAGAGAAUAAAAGCACUUAUCUUAAUGGUGACAGGUGUGGGACUGGAAGGUCACUGGUUUAUUUAACUGGUCCAGCUGGGAGAGAAAAUCAUGGCCAGUCACAGAUCCCUCCGUUAAAUGUCAGCAUGGCAACCUCAUCUGUUCUGUGAAGUGAGACGAAAAUCAAUAAAAAGGCUUCAUACAGAACAAUUUGUAUUUGAUUUGGGCUUCAGAAGUCACACCUUUUACAGUGGGGUCUGGCUGAAAGCGUUGACCCCACUGAAUAAAGUAAAUUAUAGACAGCCUUGGGUGCUUCCUAUGGGACAUUUUAAAACCAGUCUUUAGGAAGCAGCUGAGCAAAAAUCAUGUUAAAAUAUUUAUAUCAAGUACAUUAGGCUAUACUCAGCUUCUCUCUGUGUGGUUGAGAAGCUGCUAAACCAUAAAUGUGAUGAACAUUUUUGCUGGCAGCUAAGCAGCUGGUCGACUGAGACGCUGUCUGAACAUCUGAUUUACUGAAACACAAUGAGCAACAACUAAUGUGUGUGUGUGUGUGUGUGUUAAAUCUAUUCAGUGGCGACAUAAUUUCAAGAACAAUAGCGUAUGGGGGGUUGUGCAACAAUUUCUUCACUCUGUCUCAGAAGCUUUCACAUGCUAGAUGAUCUCUAAAUGUCAAAAUCUCUUCACCACAGUCGGGAUUUAGCCGUGACCCAUGAAGCCAGCCACUAAAAGCAAAACGCAGCUGCUUCUCUCACUUGAAUCCAUCUUUUUUUGGGACUUUUUUUUUUCUUUGGGCCUGUCACGUUUGUUAACGUAAACUUUAAAGCUCCGUUCUUUUAGCCAUGACAGUGGUGUGGCUGUGGGGAUGACAACAUGUCUGAAAAUUUAAAUAUCUCAGGAACCACACUGACCACAAACCUGCAGACAAUUACCACCAAACUCUUUUUUAGCUCAUUCCUUGCUUUUGCAUACAGCAAAUUUACCGUAUUGCAUUAACCAGCUGAUUUCAUCAAUGCACGCUCUGUUAAACCCACCGCCACAAGGCAGUUAGCGACUAGCUGAGGAAGUAAACACUGUUUCUUAAGAGCCAUUUUUUAAAAAUUGGGUCAAGAACUGGUUCCAAACCAGCACCAAAAAGAGACUGUACAGUAUACUGGAGUUGUAUUUGUUGAGUGAACAGAGACAUGACAUAAAAUUAAUUCCAGUGUUGCUCUGUGUGUAGUAGGGGUGUAAAUAAGGAACUGUUUACAAACACUUUAGCCAAAGGGCAGUAUUAUGUAAGUACUGUGUCUGUCAGCUUGUUGUGGAUCUCAGAGGUGUGCAGCUGAAAACUAGCAGCAGCUGUGAUGUAAUAGUAUAUGAGCUUUAAUAAUAUGCAGUCAGAUCUGGCAGUUUUGUGUAGAAGAUUUAUAAAAUUUAGAUAAGCAGAGUCAAAAAUGCUGCUUUGAACAGGCAGACGCAGCGUCGGUUUUAUGGGGAACUGAGGGCGGUGAGUGAGCUGCUCAGAAUGAAAGCACAGUGGCAGGUCCUAAAUGAAAGGUAGCUCCAUCAGCUACAGUAAUUAAUUAAUCAUUUAAUAGUUAAUUAAAAGGCAGCACAGUUACUCAGUGGUUAUUACAGUUGCCUCACAGUAAGCACAGGAGCAAGUUGCUCAUUCUCACUCUGUUAACAUGAUGUUUCCUCCCUCAGUAUUAAAAUAUCAGAUGACUGGUAAACUCCUUAUUGCCUAUAGGUGUAUAUAAAUACGUUUGACUAUUUAUAUACAUAGUAGCAUACAGCAUUAAAAAUUUGAAAUUUUCUAAUGCUUUAAUUUUGAGAGCUAGAGAUUCAGUCCUUGUACUUUGGUGCUCCUGUGCUUGUAGCAUAGGUGUUAGCAUGCUGCUUUGGUUCAUUCAUAUGUUCUCAUCCCUUAUCAGGUGCUAACUAAAGGUUUUGCCCCCAAAAACUUGUUGUGUAUCUUGAAUGGUCCUGGUCAGCAGCUUCUUGUAUAAAAACUUUCUGGUAUAAAUCACAAAUUAUCAUGGAAUUAAUAUAUAUAUAUAAACAAUUCAGGGCACAAACACUGUUUAUGUAUGAGGCCUUUGUUGUGUAAAACAUGAUCAAUCUGAAGGCUGUGAUGGAAAUUUCCUAAAUGUCUUGUAUCUGCGGUCUAUACUUUUUCUCUGACCUUAAUUAAUCCCUUUAAAAGGUUAAAUGGAGGCUGCUGGGAAGGUUCUUCUGCAUGCUAAGCUUUGUAUAAGCAAUCUACUAAUAUGAUCAUACUGACAUAUUAUCGGGGAAGGCGUUUGGUGGGAAAACAUCUCUUCUUCCCACAGUUUGUGUCCUGCCAACACUGCAACAUUCAAGUGACCUUAAACAUGUUUACAUGUGAAAUUAUUUCCAUUUGCUUCCAGACGUCAAUAAAAUG